AUGAGAUGCCUGAGACGCCGCACACCCAGCGCACAAUGGACGAAUAAACUUGCAGGCUUCUCACAAGACAUAGACAACUCCUCGAGCUCCACCAACGACUCUUCAAGUACCUUAAGCACUCUUACCAAAGGUCUUCCCGUCAGCCUCAGACUCGAAGGACCUUACUUCACACCAGCCGACCCGUACCGAUACAAAACAGUCAUUUGCAUCGUUGCAGGAACAGGUGUUAGCGGCGCUCUAGCGAUAGCGGGAGCGUUCAAAGAACUUGAAAGGCAAUCCUUGCAAGUGACAAGUACACCCAAUUCCGAGGCUGAACGAAAAUCUUCUGUGUCUACUUCUCGGAUAUGGACGAGGUGUGUUGUGAUUUGGAGUGUUAGAGAAGAGCAUUUCAUUCAGCUUCCCGAGUUGAGUAGCGCACCGAGCUCUGGCCUGGAUGUGAGAGUGCAUUUGACGGGGCCUGGGAAGCAGCGGUUGUCUGUUGAUGAUGCUCUGGAUCGGAUUCUGGGCGAGGGUGCGUCUUCUACGUGGGUGUAUAUUUCGGGUCCGAAUGCGUUCAUCGCUGCUGGAGAGAUGGCUUGUAAGAAGAGACAAGAGAGGGGCGUUGAGUGGUAUGGUGCGAGGUGGGAUAUUUGA